GGCAAAGAAAUAAGAGGCACGACGUGUAGCUGCAACUGGUAAUGAUCACUAAGGUAACAUAAUGUCCGGGGCUGAGGGCUACCCAGCAUGUCAGGUAUUAACAGAGCGAGUGUGAUUAAAUGUGGGAGGUAGGAGCUGUGAGGCUGGCGGAGAGCGCUGCUGCCGCUGCGAGCUGGAAACUACUGAAUGGGAAUCUAUCCGGCAACUUCACCAGACCUCUGUCUGACGGCGACACGGGGGCUCUGCGUAAAACCAAGCGGUGCGUCUCCAAGUCUGGGUCAGCCCAACUCACAGCCGGAGAGGACGCUCAAGUUGGAUCGGGCGAGCAGCUUUUCACUUGUUACCGGCGCACGGCUCCCACUAACAUGCCUGCCAUCAAAAAGGAGAGGCUGGAUGGAGACGACAUGGCAUUGACUGCGUUCAACCAGUCCGAAUACCUGGCCCCUUUAAAUGCCACCGCUAUCCCCGUGGUGACCCCGCAUCCGCAGCCUUACGACCACAUUUUCGCCCAUCACCGUGCGUACUUGGGGCUCCACGACUCGGCGCUGCAUCACCAGCACCUCCACCAUCACACGGACGACUUAAUGCUGGAGAGGUUCUCCUCCAUCCCCGACUUUCAGCCUUUCUUCGACAACGGGGAGCCGUGCAUCGAGGUGGAGUGCGGGGAAAACAAGGCUUUGCUUUACAUCAAUAAACUGUGUCAAGGUAGCAAAGGACCCUCAAUUAAAUACAGGGGCGAGUGGCUCACCCCCAACGAGUUCCAGUUUGUCAGCGGACGAGAGACUGCCAAAGAUUGGAAACGGAGUAUAAGACACAAAGGGAAAAGUCUCAAGACUCUUAUGUCCAAAGGAAUCUUACAGGUGCAUCCUCCAAUCUGUGAUUGUCCUGGUUGUCGAAUUUCAUCUCCAGUGAACCGCGGGCGCUUGGCUGAAAAACGCACCAUCCCCCUUCCCCCAAACCGGGUGCCCAAGAAGGAGCUGGCCUCCAUCUUCAGCAGUGACGACAGCGAAGGCAGCGAGCGGGCCAGUGGGGAUCAUGCCCACAUCAAGCAGGAGGACGAGUUGCAUUACAGUAUAAUGAGAAAGAGUCGUGACAGUGACCUCUCUACAAUCAUCUCCAACCUGCACCACACCAGACAGCACGGCAUGCCCGAGGGCCAGUCAGCCUCUGACCACAACAGCAGUACUGGACACACAGAUGACCUUCUAGGCAAGAGGAGAAGCUUGUCUCCCAACAGCAGCAGCGAGUGUCCCUCUGACAGCAAGAAGUCACGUAGCGUUUCCCCCAAAGAGAACUCCCAGAGCCCGGUGGUGGAAGCAGGCGGCAGCCACAGCCACAUGAGCCCAGAGGAGCACUACAGGCGCAUGAUGUCAGCGCUCAGUGAGCAUGGAUCCUAUGAGGAGCAGCAGCAACGCCUCUACCAGCUGGCAAGCAGCAUGGGUCUGCCCGGCCACGACAUGCUGCGUGCUCGCCAGGAGGCGUUGGCUGCAGCGGUGAGGAAUCCAGCGGCCUUAGAAGCUCACCUGCCCUCGGCGGGCAGCUCCUCCUCAUCCAGCCAGAGACGCAAGCAGGGUCUGCCGCAGCACCGUGACGCACAUUACACCGACAGGGAUCUGUCCCACCCUCCACCUCUCCUGUCCCCUCCAACUGCCCCUCAUAUCGCCUUAGGACCUCACCUGCGGCCUCCUUUCCUGGGCAUGCCCUCCGCUCUUUGCCAGGCCCCUGGUUAUGGUUUCCUCCAACCAGCUCAAGCUGAGAUCUUUGCUCGGCAACAAGAGAUGUUGAGGAAACAGAAUCUGGCCAGACUUGAGAUGUCAGCAGAGCUGCUGAGACAGAAAGAGUUGGAAAGUCUCCACCAGCGACAGCAACAGCAUCAACGUCUGCUGGGCUCCGACACUCUGGGUGUUCUACCUCCUGGUCUUCCCUCGGACCACCCGGCCCUGCGGAGCCUCCACGACAUCCCAGAGGGACAUCCGCUCCGUGAGGAACUGGCCCGCCGCUCUAAUGCAAUGCUGGUGCUUCGGCAUGGAGCUGCCACACCCCUCCUAACCCUCAACCACCACCAGCAGCAACAACCAGGAGCACCCUCAACACCCAAAGACACCCAGGCACAGAGCUCCACUUCUGGGCUAGAUGCUGAAUCCAGGAAGGCCCCCCUUAGGGGCCCCCAGACACACCUCCGUGCUGUGGAUCACACAAGAGGGAGAGAGGACAGAGGAAGGGAGGGAGACAGGGAGGGGCAGGAUGAGGAGAUGAAGGACUCGGACAGUGAGACAGAAAUGUGCGAAGAGAGGCGGGAAAGUGUUGUUGCCAAGUCCAGCAGUAAACCCAGGGACAGGGAGAGACAUGGGGGCAAAGAGAGCAGUAGCAAGAGAGAGUGUGACAGUGCCAAGGAGACUGGAGAGAGCUCAGGCAGGCUGAGCGCCCCGUGCAGUUCAGCAGGUACAGAGUCACCCAGUCGCCACCUCUUCACCUCUGGACUGGGCAAGGCCGACAUCAAGUACCACCUGCCACCCGGGUUCAUGCCACCUCUCCCUGCUCUUCAUGCUCAGUCAUUGCCCUUUGGAUUCCCUUACGCCAACCCCUACUUUCACACGGGCUCUAUGGGAGGUCUUUUCAUGGACGGGGAGGACUCGGCUACAGCAAACCCUGUGGAGGACAUCAGCAAGUGGAGUGUGGAGGACGUGUGUGGCUUCAUAAGCAGCUUGGCUGGAUGUGCUGAAUACACACAGGUGUUUCGGGAGCAGGCCAUUGACGGAGAGACUUUACCGCUGCUCACUGAGGAGCACCUGCUCAACACCAUGGGACUAAAGCUGGGGCCCGCGCUCAAGAUCCGCUCACAGGUGGCGCGGCGUGUUGGCAGGCUCUUCUACAUGACUGGAUUCCCGCUGGCGUUCCCGUUUCCACCUUCUGCUGCCCUGCGCCCACCAGAACGGGAUCGGGAUCCCCUGACCACACCAUCUGACAACCCCCUGCCCCUCUCGCUGUCCCUCCCCCACAGACCCAUCUCCACCAGCAGUAGCUCUUCUCCAUACAGCGGCCCUACCCCAGGGUGCUCCUCCCCCAAGCAGGAAAACGGUAACGGCUCCACAGUGGUGGGACGAUACGAGGCCAAAACUCCUUCGUAGGAGAGGAUA